GUCAAUUCCUAUACAAUAGUCAAUAAAACAACUUAAUCUCUCACCAUGAAAACCCUCUAUAAAAACGCCCACCUCAUCACCCCGCAAUCCUCCAACCCAACAUGCAUGGUCACGGAAAACGACUGUAUAAUCUACCUCGGCGAGGAAUCCACCGCAAGGACUCUCUACCCAGAGAGCGAGAUCUAUGAUCUGGGAGGUCGUAAGGUCCUCCCCGGCUUCAUUGAUGGACACAUGCACCUCCUUCUCUUCGGCGCCAGCCUCUCCAAAAUCAACCUCGGAAACUGCACCUCCCUAUCGGACAUCCGCGCCACCAUCAAAGCAGCAGCAAUCGCCAACCCGACAACCCCCCGGCUCUUCUGCCGCGGCUGGAUGCACUCCAUGACCAACGGCGAAGCCCUAGCCUCCAUGCUGGAUGACCUCGACCCGCGGCCAAUCUUCAUCGACUCCAAAGAUCUCCACUCCGCAUGGUGCAACACCGCCGCCCUGACCGAACUCAACGUCUCCAACACCCCCGACCCGGCCGGCGGAAUCAUCCACCGCGACGAGACCGGAAAACCCACAGGCCUGCUCAGCGAAGCAGCAGCAGUCAACAUCGUCUGGCCGCACGUCGCGAAAGUGGCCACUCUCGAAGAGAAACUGGGGUUUAUUCGCGCGGCGGUCAGAGAGUAUACGAAGGCCGGGUAUACGGGGAUGGUGGAGAUGGCAACGGAUGAGAAUCUGUGGGAGACGGUUCUUGCGCUUCGGGAACGGGAGGAAGUGAAUGUGCGGGUUGCGGCGCAUUGGAUUAUUUCACCGAAGGAUGAUGACGAAGAAGUAUUGAAGCAGGUUGAUCGGGCGAUUGAAUUACAUAAAAUGUACAAUGUGACCACGAGUCCCGAUUUGCGAAUCGCCGGUAUCAAGAUUAUUUGCGAUGGUGUUGUGGAUGCGUGCACGGCUGCAUUGACAGAACCCUACGCUUCGAACGGGGAUAACUGCGCCCCGCUGUGGGAUGCAGAUAUCCUCAAGAAGGUAGUCCGGAAGGCAGACCGCGCUGGUCUGCAAUGCGCAUUACACGCUAUCGGUGACGCGACGGUGAAGCUUGCCAUCGACGCAUUGGAAAGCGAGGCGACGCCCGGAUCCCGGCAUCGCAUUGAACAUCUCGAGCUCACUGCGCCCGAGGACGCAAAGAGACUCGGUGCCCUGGGCAUCACGGCCUCCGUGCAGCCCGUGCAUGCCGAUCCGGCUAUCUUGCGGGCGUGGCCGCGGUUGCUUGGGGCGGAAAGGUGUGGUCGGGCGUUUGCGUACCGGGAGUUUUUGGACCAUGGGGCCAAUUUGGCGAUUGGUACGGAUUCGCCGACGGCGCCGCAUUUGCCGUUGAGGAAUUUGUAUACGGCGACUACGCGGCGGUCGGCGAGGGAGCCGGAGUCCCUGGAGAUGGUUAAUGAGCAUUUUAGGUUGGGGUUGUUGGAGGCGGUUAUGGCUGCUACGGGGGGAUCGGCGUAUAGUUGCUUUGCGGAUGGGUUUACGGGGGCGUUGGAGGUAGGGAAGAAGGCGGAUUUUGUGGUUGUUGAUAUGGUUUGGGAGGAGGAGAAGUUGUUGGAGGCGGAGGUUUGGGAAACGUGGUUUGAUGGAAGGAGGGUUUGGAGGAGGGAGUAGGUUUGGUUUUAAAGAUGCAUUGUGUAGGUGUAGGUGUAGGCGUGGGUGUUGUACACAUAAGUCGGUACGUAGUAUAUAGACCUUUGGAGUAGAUGUCUUGGG